UCCUGGGUUUGAGAGAGGAGGGGGCUGGCGCCUGGCCUCCUGGGACUGAGACGGGCGGAGGGCUGAACGAGCCAGGCCAGGCUUCCGAGGUCCCGGCCCGCGUGUGGAAGGCGGGAUCCCCCGGCCCCUCCUCCGCCGUCGGGCGCCGCCACGCCCCCGCGCCCGACCCGGGCCCUCCUGAGCGUGUGCAGCGAGGAACCGGCGGGCGAGCGGGCGUCCGUGCAGCCAGCGAGCAGGAGGAGGAGCCGCCGCCGCCCCAGGGGCAGUCGGAGGAGCAGAGGAGGACGCCCCAGGUGGUUGCCCCCUCCGUCUCCUGAGAUGUCAGGAAGGAGGGGGCCACCUGUGUCCCCCACAGGGCCCCCCUGGAGCCAGGGGGCCCCCACCCUGGGAGCUCGGAGACGGAGGAGGUGCUGACAGGUGCUCAGCGAAAUGCUCCGGCACCCCUCAUGCUCCCUCCCCAUCCUCCUCCUUUGCCUUCUCCCCAGUGUCCCAGUGGAACCCCACCCCCCACCCUCACCACUGCCCCCAUUUCCAGCCCCUGAGUGGGACCUCCUGUCUCCUCGAGUUGUCCUGUCCAGGGGUACCCCUGCGGGCCCUCCUCUACUCUUUCUGCUGGAGGCCGGGGCCUUUGGGGAGCCAGCAGGCAGCCCAGCUAACCGAAGUAGGCGAGGGGUGAGUGAGACAGCACCAGCAAGUCGCCGGGGAGAGCUGGCGGUGUGCGAUGCAGUCAGCAGCUGGGUGACAGACCGCCGGACAGCUGUGGACCUGCGUGGGCGUGAGGUGGAGGUGCUAGGCGAGGUGCCUGCAGCUGGCGGCAGUCCCCUUCGCCAGUACUUCUUUGAGACUCGGUGCAAGACUGACAGCACUGGGGAAGGUGGCCCCGAUGGAGGUGGAGGCGGCUGCCGGGGUGUGGACCGGAGGCACUGGGUGUCUGAGUGUAAGGCCAAGCAAUCCUAUGUGCGGGCAUUGACCACUGAUGCCCAGGGCCGUGUGGGCUGGCGAUGGAUUAGAAUUGACACUGCCUGCGUCUGCACACUCCUCAGCCGGACUGGCCGGGCCUGAUGCCCAUGCCCGGGAAUUGGGCAACCAGAGGAAGAAGAGAGCUGGAUGCUGAGGGACAUCAGGGGUGGCCUGGCUGCUCUGGGUAUCAGUUUGGUAACUUGUCAAAUGGUCACAAAAUCACAGCUCUCUGAUCUUGACAGCUCAAUCUGUGCAAGACAGGUGGUGAAACCAAAUGGGGUUUUGAAGGAUGAAUAGGAGUUUUCGGAUAAACUCGAGGGUGAUGAUGAUGACAGCCAAUGUUUUGAAUGCCUCCUGUUUAUCAGCUCUCAUACACAGCUUGUCAGAUCAACUGGGGUGGAUUUGGCCAUUGGAGGCCCUUGGCUUCUGAGUUACUGACCAUAUGAUCUCAGAGGACAUCACUUUGCCCAUCCUGGAGAGAACAACGAGGGGAUAUGUCAAGAAGUGGGUGGAGGAGCUUAA